UCCGCGCGACUCUGUGACUGACAGCUGAUGAGCAUCACUCAAAAAGGAUCCGAGACGCCGCACACAUGAAGCCUUCCGCCCGCGUAAAGACUUCCGGAAGUCCAGAGCUAGCCAAACAAGUCAGGCGAGGUAACGGUGUCGUCUGUGGUUGACAACGACGCGCAAUUAAUACGGCAAACACAGAAAAGACGGUAAAGGGCGUGAAGAAAAGUGCUAAACUUGUCCUAAACAAAUUAUUUCGCUCCACGGGGCACGCGUGGACCUGUUCGACCGUGGGGUCAACGCGCGAGGUGGGGUGACCCCACGUGGGUACCUGCUCACCGCCAUGGAAAACCCUCCAUGUUGGUGCUGCGGUGAGUCCAUAGGUUAGUUGUUCGGCUUAAAUAUAUCUCAUUAAGGACACUUAUUUCCCGUGUAUAUUCUUCAACGUGAUGGCAACAGUUCGCAUUCCUUCAGAGUUAACAUUUUGCCAAAAAGAAAAGCAAAAAAACGAAAAAAAAGAAUUCAAGAACUUACUGGAGUCGCAGAAGAGCAGGCACCACACCACGGUGGUCCUCACCGAGAACAGGUGGUCGCCCGCUGCUGCGUGUCCCAUGGUGUCCGCCUCGGCGUCGGUGGUGCGGGGAGAUGCCCGGAGAUCGGUGGCGUCACCGUGAACACCUUAUCGUGGAGGGAGAGAGAGACGUGAUGGAAGCGUGUCAUCUUCGUUGCUGGGAGGCACGUCGGGACAAGCGGGGGCAGAGUGGACGAAUCUCGCCUCUUAUUCGGUGGGCGUGGAUGGAGUGACGCGUCAUUUAGGGCCGCGGUGGCGCCGGAGCGCGGUGUUCCUGAGCGCGGCGUUCCCGAUCUUCCUGGUGAAGGACGCCUGCAGGGCGGGCACGGCGAGCUCCAGGCGGCCGGCGGCGUCGACCACGCCACGGCGCAGACCUUCAAAGGACGCCAGCUCCUCUCGGAUCCUGAGGCGGGAAGAACAGACGCCAAUCAGCCCCGCUGGGUGAAGAGAGGGCACCGAGGAGCUACGCUACUACGACGCACACGCCUGACUUUCUGCUCCGCCACAGACUCCCCGACAAGAUGGAUGAAUCAGAGCAUAAUUGUUCCCAUGCGGUCAUCUUGACCUGAGGGUGACCGUGGUCCUAUAGUGACCAAUCAGAGCGCAGAGUGGAUCAUAACAGUUGACCGUCCGAAGCUCCACUGUAGUAAAACCGCUCCUCUCUGCUCUUCUGAAUAUUGCCUUAGUCCACCGCCUUCUCUGCCACCAGCACUUCUUAAAGGGGGGCGGAGCCAUGGGAUGUGGCGGCAGCAGGAUGGACGUGCUGGAGCCCCACUACCUUGAGAGCUGGACCAAGGACACCGAGUCCACCUGGCUGGCCAGCACCGACACAGACAUCCCCCUGUCCUCCAUCCAGAGCCUGGCCUCGGAGAGCUCCUUCGACACGGGCUUCACCUCCGAGAAGACCAGCACUCCCGUGCCGGACAUCUUUGAAGACGGCCUACCCCACCCCGCCCAGGCCUACGUGAAGGUGUGCUCCUCUCUGUCGGAGGCCAGUCUGGACGAGGAGACGGAGGCGACCACCCCGCCCACCAAGCACCCCUCCCCAGACCAGGGGCCAAUAGGACCCCCCGCUGGGACCACGGUUCAGCGCAGGAGCGUGCUUCACACCGAGGAGAUAACCAAAUGGCAGAACAACAAGAUGUCCACCAAGCAGGUGACCAUCACGGUGACCCAGAGCGUCCGGCAGGUGGACCAGCGGGGCAAGGUCCAGGAGAAGUCGCUCACCACCUACGAGGUGCUGAAGCCGCUGGACCCCACGCUGGGCCGAGGGGAGAGGACCCCGGCCCGGCCCAACGCCCCGCGCCAGCACGCCACGUCGGAGGAGAAGCCGUGGGAGCCAAAGUCGACCGUGCGAUGAGGCGGGAUCGGGAAGAAACCGUUUGACCGUUUUUUUUAACCGUUACCGAGGUGUAACGGAGGAACUUGGGUCGGGGUACCGGGGAUUUGCCGUCGUGUGUUUACAGUGCGUGUUUACUGACUGGACCACCGGUGUGUUGAAGACAAGCAGAGGGGGCUGCAGUUGCUAUGGUGGUUAGGACAUAGCUUUGCCGUUUUUGACUGCGUUGUUACCGAGAAACAGUACUUGAGUAUUUAGAGUGUACUUUUACUGAAAGGAAUGAACCAAUGAGAGAGGAGGGCAGAGAUUUCCUCUUGUUAAGAAGAAAAGGUUUUCUACUAUGUAUUAGUAUUAACUGUCUGCCUUUUGCUGUGCUGCUCCUACUGAGAUGUUUUGGGCUAUUUAUAUACAUGGGAUUAUAUGACUCGAAGAAGGAAGAGCAGAAAAUGUGAAUGUAUCACUCCUCGCUUUGACAUUAGCCUUGAGAAUGACAAUCGUGGUACAGAUAAUACGCUGAAAUCACCAUUAUAAAUUAAUUUGUAUUUUAUUCACAUUUGAUUAAUACAUUGUUUUAAUAGUUACCAGCAGCAUACGUUACAACGUCUCAGGAAGGUGAUGUAUCGAACACUACCACUACACUCGGUCUGUGAAGAUGAUGAAUUCUAAAAUGUCUCUGCACCGUUUGUUUUGUGUAUUUAUAUCUUUCCAUGUGAAAGUACAAUUGUCUGUUUGAAUUAUGUCGUCUUCUUUCGCGCCUCUCAUGUUCAGGGAUAUUUUAUCCUCUCACAAUGAACAAGUAACAUCCAUAUAGAUUCAAGGUUC